AUGAUCGGCCAUAUACUUCUAACAGCACUUGUGUUCUCAGUCGUUGACAGUGCAUCUGUACACUGGAACCAUCUGUCGAAAGACGCUGAACUUCGUCAUUCUUCUGGUCAAGAUGUUGACGACAAACAUGUCGGUGGACGGACUAUGUUCGUCGGUGAGAGAAAUAACUCUGUGGCGCCGAGAUGGUCGUUUGAUUGGUUUUGGUGA